AUGGCCCCAGUUCAGGAAGCACCAGAGUUGCAACAGCACUUCAGCAAGGAGUUCCUGGAGCAAACGCUCCAGCCAAACAUUCGGGCAGCAGCAGUCGUCCCUCUUUUCCUUGCGGUUGCAGCCGUCCUCGCGAGACUCUGGUGUCGAUGGAAGAGGAAGGCUGGAUACAAGCUCGAUGAUUUCCUGAUCGUGCUGUCAUUGCUCGCGUGUAUCGUCGUAGUCAUCAAUGACUUGAUCAUGGUUAAUCAUGGCCUGGGCAGACAUAUCUAUGUCCUCGGACCAGAAGCCAAUCACUAUCUUCAUCUUUGCUGGUUUAUCGCAGAAUUCUCCUACACGGUCGCCAUUGUGGCGGUCAAGCUCUCAAUCCUGGCGCUAUACUACAGGACCUUUGCACCUCUUAACAUCAAAUGGGAAGUUGUGAUCAUGACGGUUUUUACUGUGCUCUGGGGAUCGUCGGUGUUUAUUUGCAUGAUGCUGCACUGCAUCCCGCUGCGAAAGUAUUGGGAUCCAGAUGUGCCCGGAGUGUGCAAUCUUGAUAACCAGAAGUACCUUUUCGCCAUAUCGAUACCGAACAUCCUCAUUGAUGUGAUCCUGCUUGGAAUGCCUGUCCGCUAUGUCCUGAUGUUGGAGAUGGGGCGGCGACAGAAGCAGACUAUCGCAGGACUGUUCCUGUUUGGAGGCUUCGUUUGCGUUGCAUCGAUCAUGCGCUUAAUCAGUGUCUCGCUGCAAGACGACACAAGUCCAAUUACCACGUGGGUCCCCGUCAAUCAGGCAAUUUGGGCCACAGUGGAGAUCCUUACGGCCAUCAUCAGCGCUUGCUUGCCUUGCCUCGGACCGAUACUUUCGCAUCUCUGGCCUUCCGCAUUCUCCAAUGAUCGUGCUCCGUCCGUCACGCGUCUCCGUCAAUGGACGUACGGCAGUGAGCCUCGCAGGAGCAAGAAGAAUUCCACCAAUAACACAUUGGGCGCCUUCACGGAUACUCUGCUUUUGACUCGGACGGAAGAUACUCUUGUUGCUGAUGGAACAAGGACGACCACAAUUGACCACGCCGAUGACAAGAUCAAGGUCAAGAACGAGUGGAAUGUUCAGACUGUUCGAGCAGACUCAAUGAGUUCCCAGCAUAAGGCGAGUUGGGAUAAUUUAUAG